AUGAGGCACCAGAAAUUGGUCAGAGUCAUUACGUUGGAUUGCAAUACGAUACCCUCAACUUCACACCUGGAUCUUUCAAAAAAAAAAACAGAUAUGGAUGACAAGUGUAUGGUGUGUCUGAAUGAGACAUGGAAGUAUAAAUGUCCUCGUUGUCUAAAGAAGUCAUGUUCACUUGCAUGUUCAAAGAAACAUAAAGAAACGGAUAACUGCAGUGGUAUCAGCAAUGCUACGGAAUAUGUAUCAAGUCAGAACUUGAAAGAAGCUGAUACCAGUGAAGAAAUGAACCAUCUGGUUCAGAGAGAUUACAAUUUUUUGAUUGGUAUGAAUAGAAGACUAGCCGUUCUCAAAGAAGAUGGUAAGAGUAAGAAUAAACGGGUAUUGCAAAAAGUUCCUGGGGUGACAGGACCGAGCAGAUACAAUGUUUCCAAGCCGCCCAGAGUGAUGAGGAGAGGUGUUAAAUGUUUACUAUUACCUAAGGGUAUGCAGCGGUCCAUUUCAAAUAAAAGUAAAUGGGAUAAACCUUUGGACACUUUUGUGUGGUCGUUGGAAUGGGUUCUUUUUGAUCAAAAAGAUGAGCACUGGAGCCAUUUAUCACACAGGAAUAAAGAGGAAUCAGAAUUAGUGCAUUGUAUUGGCAAACAAGUAUAUGAUAAAUGCAAGGAAUUUUAUCGUGGAGCCGAAGAGGAAGAAGACAAGGAAAACUCCGCAACAACGAAAGAAGACAGAUCCAGUCAAAUGAUUGAGUUUGGAUUUCGGUUCUUCACGAAGUGGUUUCCAAAUAAUGUAGAAUCGAUCAUGGAUACCAAAGAGGUCGUGGAAAUCGAUCCAAAAAAAUGUGUUGGUGAAAUAUUUAGGGAUAUGACAGUGAUAGAAUUCCCUACCAUAUUCAUCGUACCCGAUAUGGAAACACUUACGAAACACGGAUUCCAUUUGCAUGUAGAGGGAUCCAUUGAUACGCCAGUUCCACUACGAAGGCUUACUGAUCCCGUGCAACAAGCUACUUCCACUACCACAACAACUGCUCCUAUUCCAGUGAUUAGCGAAAGUCAUUAUCCGGUUGAAUAUUCAGUAAUAGAUCCAAAACCACAGGCAUCCUUAGAUGUUGCCAAAAGCUCAGAUUCCACUAGCUCGGAUUCGGUUUCAGAUUCAGACGCCGAUUUAGACUCAGACUCAGACUCUUCUGCUCCCGAAGAGGGUUCCGCCAAACGCCAUUCAGAUUCAGAGGAUGAUUACGAAGUUGGUGUAUCACUAGACUUUUUAACUGCAUAA